AUGGAGAGGGAAAGAGAAAUAGGAGAAGGAAGCUCAUUGUCGUUGAGGGAAAAACGAAACCUUAGGGAGAAAGGGAGACGAAUGCGUAUGAAAGAUCUCUUCUGCUUACUCUCUUCCCAUGUUUCUCCAACUCGUAGGUUACCAGUGCCUCAACUUAUAGAUCAAUCGACAUCAUACAUGAUCCAGUUGAAAGAGAAAGUAACGUAUUUGAAGGAGAAGAAAAAAACAUUGUUAGGAGAAGUCAGGUGUCGCUCUGAAAGAUCGUCGUCACUUUUGCCAAAACUCAGUAUUCAUUCACGGGAUUCGAUCAUAGAGAUGAACCUCAUUAUCAGUGAUAACGUGAAAAGAUUAGCUCUACAUGAGCUUAUGAGAGUUUUUGAAGAAGAAGGAGCUCAAGUUAUGAGUGCUAAUCUCCAGAACUUGAAUGAUAGGACCGCUUAUACAAUCAUAGCCCAGGCAAUCAUAUCUCGCAUCGGCAUUGAUCCAUCAAGAAUAGAAAAGAGAGUAAGGGAGAUCAUAUACUGA